UUUUUCAAUCUUCACCGCUUUCUCGAGUUCUCUCUUUGUUUUUCCCCGAGUCUGUGUCUGACCUUUUUAUAUAUUCUCUCUCUUGCCGCCGGCCAACACCUUGCCUAGUCUAGCAUCGCCGGCCGGCCGUGUUCUCCGGUUAGCAUCACCGCCGGUUCUGAGUGAACCAGUCUUUUCUCCAGUUUCCACACCGACGUCGUUUUGAGCAAGGACAAGAAAAUUGAAACCUGGUUUUAGCAUUUUCGCUCUUCUCCAUGACCUUCCAUGUUCAGAAAUGUGCUAAAAACAUUCAUAACUUGGUUGGUCCAGCAAUAUCUUUUGCCUUAAUCCAUGAUUCUUCUCAGAGCUUCUCUCGUGCUUUUUCUUCAUGUCUUUCUUUUCCAUUGGAGUCUUCCCAUGUCAUAGGAAGUGGAUAUACUGAUCAUGAACAACAAUAUGAAGACUCGGAAAGAUUGUCUGCUCUUGACAUUCUUGUAGCUAGAGUUCCUAUAGGAGUUAGUGAAGAUGAAGUUCUUCAGUCUCUGUUGCGUGAUCAAGCAUGUAAUAGCAUAAGGCUCUCUUCUGAGCUUGUUGAUAAGUUGCUUCAUAAGUUCAAGGAUGAUUGGAAGUCUGCAUUGGGCUCUUUUAGAUGGGCAGGGUCACGCUCAGGUUAUAAACACACACCUGAAGCUUAUGAUAUGUUAGUGGACAUAUUGGGUAGAAUGAAGCAAAUGGAUAAGAUGAAGGCUCUGUUGGAAGAAAUGAAUCAAUAUCAUCUUGUGACCCUUAAUACUAUAGCAAAAGUGAUGAGAAGGUUUGCUGGUGCUGGGAAAUGGGAAGAUGCUGUGAGGAUAUUUGAUGAGUUAGGAACUUUUGGAUUGGAGAAGAAUACAGAAUCAAUGAAUUUGUUGCUUGACACCCUUUGCAAAGAGAACAAGGUUCAGCAGGCCCGUGAGAUCUUCUUGGAGCUCAAGUCACAUAUUUCACCCGAUGCUCACACGUUUAACAUUUUCAUUCAUGGUUGGUGCAAAGCCAAUAGGGUCGAUGAGGCAUAUUGGACAAUCCAAGAGAUGAAGGGACAUAGCUGUCGACCUUGUGUCAUUAGCUACUCAACCAUCAUCCAAUUCUAUUGCUACCAGUAUAACUUUGGUAAGGUCUAUGAGCUGCUUGAUGAAAUGCAAGCUCAUGGGUGUCCGCCAAAUGUUGUUACUUUCACCACUAUCUUGUGUUCAUUGGCAAAGUCAGAGGAGUUUGAGGAAGCGUUGCAUAUUGUUGACAGGAUGAAGUUGGCUGGAUGUAAACCUGAUACACUUUUCUACAAUUCAUUGAUCCAUACUCUUGGGAGAGCUGGCUUUGUGCAGGAGGCUGUUUAUGUUUUUGAGGUGGACAUGCCUCAGACUGGCGUCAAACCAAACACAUCAACCUAUAAUUCACUGAUUGCUAUGUUUUGCCGUCGUGGUCAGGAACAAAAUGCCUUGAAUGUCCUAAAAGACAUGGAAAAAUCAGGCCUUUGUAAGCCUGAUGUUCAGACAUACUACCCAUUGCUCAAGUCGUGCUUUAAAACUGGGAAAACAGAUAGUUGUUUAAGAAAAUUAUUGGAUGACAUGGUCAAUAAGCAUCACCUGAGUCUUGAUAUAUCAACCUAUGCACUUCUAAUUCAUGGGCUUUGCCGAGCAAAUAAAUGUGAGUGGGCUUACACAAUCUUUGAGGAGAUGAUUGGUCAAGAGAUAACACCUAGAUAUCACACAUGCUGUUUGCUAUUGGAUGAAGUCAAACAGAAAAAUAUGUAUGCUGCUGCUGAAAGGAUUGAAGAUUUGAUGAAAAAAUUACAAUUUUUUGACUAACAAUCAUGUCAAGGUGAACAAGCGUAUAUUUUUUCUCUUCUGAAAGAACAGAAACAUCUACUUCUGUCUUCUACAACAGACGAUUAGCUA